GGACGGGAAGCUUCAAAGUCCAACGCCAUGGUGAAGCUAUAGCAUGAGCCACCAUGUCAUCAUAGGCAGCGAUCCUUUUGCGGAGAGAUGAUUCGGAUAAAGUUCUAUAUAAUCGUGAUGCUCUUCCAUCUUAUUUCUGAAAUUCCAUCAUCCUAUCAUACCAAUCAAACAAAACCAUCAACAGAAUCCUCUUUGACAACUUACACAUAUCUUGAAACAUUGAAUAGAAUCAACCAUCAUGGCUUCACUCAUCGAAAAGGUCAAGGACAAGCUUCAGAGCCACUCCGACAACAAGACUGAGCAGCCCGAGGGCACUCAUGGACCUCACAGCUCCCGAACUGCCAAUGCUGCUGACCCUCGUGUUGACUCCGACCGUGACAACCGCGAGGCGUUGGGCCGCCAUGAUGGCUCGUACACCACAGGUGGUGAUAACUACUCAUACGGCGCAUCAAACACUCAUGGCACAAGCACCGCCGGAGAUACCCUCACUUCGUCUGGCCGAACCGGUCCUGCUCCCACAACCGCCGGCAUGCACAAGUCCGAUAUGAUGAACAAGGCCGACCCCAGAAUCGACUCAGAUCUCGAUGGCAGCAAAAACAUGGGCCUCCGCUCUGAGAAGGCUACCCAUGCUGGAACUACCAGCACUGCCUACGAAACUGGAACCUCUAGAACUGGAACUACGGGCACCGGAACUACGGGCACCGGAACUACGGGCACCAGAACUACGACCACCGGAACUACAGGCACCGGAACUACAGGCACCGGAACCGCAUUCGGUUCGACUGGUCCUGCUUCCAAAACUGCCGGCACGCACAAGUCCGAUACCAUGAACAAGGCUGAUCCCCGAAUCGACUCAGAUCUCGAUGGCAGCCGCAACAUGGGCCUCCGCUCUGAGAAGGCUACCCACGAUAUUGGAACUACCAGAACUUCUGGUACCUCUGGAGCUACCGCGGGCACGGGAUUCGGUACCGGUAUGGGUACUGAUACUCUCGGAGCCGGCAGCGGCAUCGAUACCUCCGGCACGACUGGCACUUACACAUCCGGCAUGGACACGGCCUCAGGACGUGGCUCAGGAAGAGACACCUACUCAUCUGGUGUGGGCAAGACCUCUGGGCUAGGCUCAGGUACUGGUACCGGUACCUAUUCUGGUAUGGACACGACCUCAGGGCUCGGCUCUGAUGAUCGCAGCUAUGGUCAACAAACAGGCACCCUUGGCAGUGACACCACCACUACCAGUGCAUACGGUGGCAUGGGCAGCCUCGGCGGCGGUUUUGGAACUGAUCGCCAGGCUACGGGCCCAGCUUCCAACACAGCUGGCCCACACAAGUCCGAUAUGAUGAACAAGGCCGACCCUCGUGUGGACAGCGACCUCGAUAAUAGCAAGACCUAUGGAGGCAACAAGACUUAUCAGUCGUGAGUAGGGUCGCUGGGAUAACGGCCAAGGAUCCUACGGAUGCCGCUCAAGUACCGCCUUCAGUUUUGCAGAAGCACAUUGGUACGCCAGUUAUUGAGCAUGGCGAUAGGAACUAUGACCGUGUGCGGAGGCAUAGUGUCUCGCACCAGGAACAACAUCGUGGAUUGUAGCCCACUGGGAACAUUCUUUUGAUGGGUCAUGGAACUAAUCAGUUUGUACUAUUAUUGUAAUGUUAGCGCUAGGAUUAAUGAAUUGACAUGAAAUCAAAUUAAAUCAAAUCAACCAUUUGGAAGGACCCAGGCAAACGU